ACCACGCCCCUCGGCGUCUUUGGCAGAUUUCUAUUUCCUGCUUCGCCCUGCUUGCAGUGGCUGCUUCCCCCGGACAGAAAUGCUGUGUGACAACCUGACUUCGCGGGUUUUACAGUUUCAUUUCGGACUUAUACUACUACUACCGAGUGAACGGCAGACUUUGAGACAAUGAGGAUAACUUAUUGCUGGAGGUUAGUGAAGUUACUCACUGUUUCAGCUGUGCUCGUCCUGUCUGCUCAGAUCUUAGUGAGUAGAGUGACAGCGAGGGAACAUCCGCCAAAGCCAAGUCCUCUUCCUGUGGAGGCGUACAGGGUAAUAUCCCCUGAAACAUACCAGUAUAUUCUCAAUCAGCCUGCUGUAUGCAAGGACAGAAGCCCCUUCCUUGUUUUUAUGGUCCCAGUUGCCCCUGUAGAGACUGCAGCAAGGGAUGCGGUCAGGAAAACAUGGGGUACUCCGGGUCAGGACACCCUGACUCUGUUUUUUGUGGGGCUCCCUGAGGGGGUGCAGGUGUCAAGCAUCCAGGACAAGCUGGAGGAGGAGAGUAGGAAACAUGCAGACAUCAUUCAGAUGAAUUUCCAGGACAGUUACCAGAACCUGACAAUCAAGACCAUGGUGAUGAUGAACUGGCUGGCGACCCACUGCCCAAACGCCUCCUAUGCCAUGAAGGUGGACGCUGACAUCUUUGUGAAUGUUUUCUACCUCAUCAGACGAUUGAGGAGCUCCCCCAGGCAGGGCUUCAUCACAGGGUCAGUGAUAAGUGAUGGCAGGCCAAGGAGGGACAGCAACAGCAAAUGGCAUGUGUCAGAGGAGCUGUACCCCGAGGACAGCUUCCCCCCUUAUGUGUCUGGAGCUGGGUACGUCUUCUCUGCAGACCUGGCCGCCAGGAUUUCCUGGGCAUCCAGGUUUAUCCGGAUGAUCCCCCUGGAGGACGUCUAUGUGGGGUUGUGUUUGCGUGUGCUGGGCGUCCGGCCGGUGUACUCCCGCAGCCUGCUGACAUUCAGGAACCUGUUUGAAAUUGGAAAGUUGGAGUACGACAGGUGCAUUUUUGCCAAACUGGUCAUUGUCAAUGGGUUUAAACCACCACAGCUGCUGGAAAUUUGGCAGGACUUCUCCAAAGGCCACACUAGCUGCUAACAGCAAAGAUAACCAAAUAUGAGAGCUUGAUGAAAUUGGUAGCCUGCUGUAAAGGGGAAAAAAAGCCAUUAGACACACAGCCAUCAGGGUGUUAAGCUUAAAGACUGAUGGAGUAGUGGGAUUAGUUGUUAGAAGGUGGAAAUUAUAUUAUCAAAGAAUUUAACAAACGGAGAACUUUACAGAGAUCUAGAAGAAUGUGUUCUGAAAUAAAAUUAGAAAUGGAUCAAUUUGUCAUUAAGUAAAAAAUGAAUGGCAGGAAUUUUGAUAAUAGAUGAAUUCUUUAAGUCAGUGGUUCCCAAUAUUCUUAGGCAUCGCGAGACAGGAAAUAGACUAAAAGAGUUUUGACAAGUCACAGUAGGAAAAACACAGGUGUAGGUAAUAAAAUCAACAAUGGCUGAAUUCCAUUUAGCUGCUUCAGUUUCUGGCUCCUGGCAUUGUGCAUGCUGGCUCACUGUAUAGAACUGAGCCAUCAAAAAGCUAAUUAGUAACACCUGUGCUUUUCCUACUUAAAACAUAGCUAUGCAAAUUUGAUUUAUUUGUUGUGACUUUUCUCUAAUAUUGUAAAUUCCCAUUGUAUUCUGUGGUAUUAUAUUUUAGGUGUACCCAUCUUAGAAGGCUGCUGUAGAAAUGAAGUUACAAGACAUUAAUCGAUUUUCAAAUAGUUAUACGAUACUAUAGAUGAAUUGUUUCAGCUGUAAUUGAUAAUGAUAAUAGCUGUUACCUGCAGCCUUACGAGAAUGUAUGUUACGACCUCUGUCACAAGCCGUUUGCAUUAAAUGGAUUUUAGCCCAAGAAGAAGCAGCAGUGUUUUAGAGACACAAUGUUUACUGUAGCCAGUCUAGUGUUUCAGCUGCUUUAUCCAAAAUGCUGGAAAAAUCACAGAAUUUUUACUACUUUUGGUCUGUCUGUAUUUAUUUUACUCUCAAGCCAAAGACUAUUUUAAAAUACAUCCAUUUCACUACCAUUGGGAUUAUUCUUCGGUUAGUGCCUGAUGGGUUCAGGGUCCACGUGUACAGUAAAUUACAUGGGGCCUCAUUACCCUGUAAACAAAAAAAAAUAAACAUGAAAUAUUGACAUGAUGCGUUGCACUGCUACUAUAAAAAAUGUAACUUUAUAAAAUAACCUGCAGCUUAUUUGCCAGGUUACUGUGCCUAUUUAUUUACAGUAUGUAGCAAAUGACAGUGUGCCUAUUUAUGGAUGUGUUGUAGUUGCACAUGGCCACCAGCUGGUGGCAGUAUGUGCCAGCAGAUGAGCAGAUGUGGUUAUUCUUUACAGUGCAAAAGGAUGUUGCUGGUGAUUCAGUGCCUAAUUCAGUUGGACUAUGACAGUGAGAAUUGUGGAGGAAAUAAGUAACUUUCUCUCAGAAAAGCAUUUAAUUGUGUUUUUCUGUAUUUACCAAAAUGCCUAAUCUAUUUAUACCUCAUGAAUGGAUACUGAAGCUGUAGUUUCUGCAUAAUAAUGAGAAAAUGUGCUGAAUCCAGUUAUUUUUAACCGUUAGUCAGUGUGUCUGUCCCUUACAAUGUCUCAGUGUUUGUUGUUGGUUUUUUUUGAAAGGAAAGUUUCCAUCACUGUUUUAUUACUGCUAUUAUUGUCUUGCUAUUACUACUGCUGCUGCUGCCUUUGUGUCCCUGCAGAGUUUUAGUUUGCCUUGCUGGAAUAAAUGAUGUUUCCAUCCAAA